AUGUCAAACGACAACCCCAACCCCCCGCCAAACCCAAACCCAAACCCACAAGACCCCUCAACACCAGGUUCUCUCAGGUCCAAAGACAACAACAACAACAGCAAUAACAACAAACAAGCAGACCAAAACAGCAGCAAAACCAACCAAGAUCCUUCCUUGCUAAACAGAAUCCAAACCUCAGCAACGGGUUUACUCCGCGACGCCAUCACGAACCCAAAUGCGCAUGCGCUCGGGUCGGAUCUUGGACAGUUGGGCGGUGCAGCGAAUGGCAAGGCUUCGUCGUCGCGAUGGACAGGGAGUCAGAAUUAUGACUCAAUAUCCGGGGCGUCAACGACGACGACGACAACAACAACGACAUCGUCUUCGCGAAACGGUGCUGCUAAUGCCGCCGAAGAUUCAAAUGUCGCUCCGACAGAGAGUUUCCGGACGACUACUCAAAGCAAUAAUCUAUUCGACCUAGAAGGAUUCGACCAAGAACACUUUCAGCAUGACUACGGCGACGAAUACCAAUCUAUCGGAAAAGGAAAAGGAAAAGGAAAAGAGAGGAUUUCCAUAUCUUCUUCCGAAGAAUACGAUGCUGCAUGGAUCCACGCCGUAGCUACUGCGCAACACUCAAAUAAUCAUUACGAUACACACGAUACGCAAAACCACACGCAUCAUCAUCAAGGUCAAGACGACGCAGAUGGUGCAGCAGUCGUUUCGCUGCUCUCCGAUCCAUCUUUUCAACCGGAGUUCGCAGACGAUGACGACCUGUACGAAGACCCAGACAUGGCCGUUCCAGCGCCGUUAACAGCUGAUGAAAUACGAAUUCUGGAUUCAUUCAGGCGGCAACAGUCUUCAGCUACUACUACACCAACACAUCCCAAAACCAGUGCAAUCACACCACAUAGUCUCAUACCCGAUAUCGACACUUUUCUCGCCGAUAACGAUGGUAUUAGCGUCGGUACCAGUGAUGCAGCGCUGCGUGACGCGGUGCUGCACAAUCUGCCUGGCGCGGAGGACUGGGUCGCGGUGAAUGAUCGGUAUCAGGAUGAGGUAUGGGGAUUCCUGCGGCCGGCACUGGAGGCGGCGUCAAAGGAAAUAGAAGAGAAUGAUCAAAAGGAGAGCGAUCCAGCGAGAGAGGGGCCGGCGGUUCUGAGGUUGAAGAUGAUAUUGAGACAUAUGAAAUUAUGA